GAGUGUGGGAGUUGGGCUGAGAGAUCAAACCUCCCUUCCCUCCUCCUCCUCCUCCUGGUCCUCUCCCCUCCCUCCUUCUGUCUUUGGCUCUUCCUCCUCUCUGCUCUCCCCAGUUGUUAUCAGGCUCCCCAGUCUGCAGGUAGUCACUGCUGAUGCCUGGUUGCCUCUUGGCCUGCUGCUUUUGUCUGGCCCCACAAAUGUUGGCUUAGGAGUCCUACGAGCACUUGCCUUGGGUUUCCCCCUCUUUCUCUCUCUCUCCUUCCAGCCCAGGAUUAUUGGGGGGAUCCCCUUCAAGGGUCUGACACCCUCCAUCUGGUUGGAGCCAUCAUGCCUGAGACUGGCCAGGAGAGCAGCAACCCCCCUGCCAAGGAAUCCCCCUUCUCCAUCAAGAGUCUUCUCACCUGUGAGUCCAGCAAGGCGGCCCGACCCCCCAAGGCUCUCUUCACCCCUAUUAAAGGGGCCCUGGACGGUGCAGCAUUUGCGUUCUCCCCGCUGACAGAUUUGACUUUCCCAAGGCUGGAGAUCCCGGCUCAACGGUUCGCCCUCCCUGCUCAUUACUUGGAGAGAUCCCCGGGCUGGUGGUACUCUUACACCUUGGCACAUGGAGGGCACACGCCGAGGACUGAAGUGCCAGACAAGAGCCUUCUGCUGGGCUCCACAUCUCCAGUGUCUGGGGGCGAGAGAGACUCUCCUGAGUCAAUACUUUCCAUUAAAAGAGAAUUGGAGGCCAAGGAGAGCGAGGCCAAGAGCCCAGAGGAGAUUAUCCUGGAGGAAAGUGAUCCUGAGGAAGGCAAAAAGGACGACAGCGGGGAGGACUGGAAGAAAAGAGAGGACAGCCCGGACAAGAAGGCCUGUAGGAAGAAGAAGACCCGGACAGUGUUCUCUAGGAGUCAGGUCUUCCAGCUGGAGUCCACCUUUGACAUGAAGAGAUACCUGAGCAGCUCAGAGAGAGCAGGUUUAGCGGCCUCCCUGCACCUCACAGAGACCCAAGUAAAGAUUUGGUUCCAGAACCGCAGGAACAAGUGGAAAAGGCAACUUGCCGCAGAACUGGAGGCUGCAAACCUGAGCCACGCAGCUGCCCAGAGAAUCGUCAGGGUGCCCAUCUUGUACCACGAGAACUCAUCCAGCGUUGAGAGUGUUAGCUCUGCUGCCAACGUGCCCUCCAGCCAGUCCCUCCUGACUUUCCCCCACCCAGUGUAUUACUCGCACCCAGUGGUCACAUCAGUUCCUUUGCUCAGACCAGUGUGAGAUCUGCUGCUCCCCCUCAUUGGCACCGGGCAACAGGGUAAUGGGCACCAGCUUUGGGCACAGGACACUCCCAAAGUGUUAGUAAGUACUGAAGACUGACAGGCCCCAGACUACAGGGCAGAGACCACAGUCCAUCCAAAAUAAGGACACAAAAUAGAUUCAGAAAAAUACAAAUUUUUGUUUUGUAAAAGCGCAGAUUUGUUGGGUGACGUUCGAUUUGCCAAAAUAUUUAUCCAACAAGAACUGAUUCUGUUCCCCCCACAACAUUUCUCCAUUUCUGAACAACUGAAUAUAAUUAUUUGUAUAAAGAUUUGUUGUUUUUUUUUUGUCAAUUUUGUUUGUCAGCCUUUCAACCUCCCUGUUAUUUAUUCAUUCCAUGUUUUUUUUUUUUUACCCUUCCACACAGAAGACUAUUUAACUUGAAACAAGACUAAUUGCCUAUUUUAUUAUUUUUUUUUUAUUUUGUAAUAUAAUUAUUGGAUUGUGCAAUACGAACAGGCGGUCGUUUAUUUAACCCUCUCGUCCACACAAUUGGCUACAUCUGACCUGGUGAAAAUGUGAGGGUAAAAAAUAAAACAAAAAUAUAAAAUAUAAAGUUCAGCUUUGAGAAUGAACGUUUCAGGCAGAGAGAAUGGAGCUCAAUCAGCUACAAUGAUGUGUAUAGUUCAAGGCUUAGAUAUAAGGGACAAUCAACGAUGUUAUUUAAGUUAUUUUGUAAAUGUAAAAGUUUCCUUCCAUUGCAAAGAGGGGGGUGAAGUUUGGGCACCGUCCCUCUGCAAUGGGAACAGACCCUGUGUAUGGAAGAUCUCCUUUACACAAUGCAGGCUCCUUUUUU